AUGCCUCCGAAGAAUAAGAAAGAAGAGGAAGCAGCUAGAUUGGCAGAGGAAGAGAGGAAGAGACAAUUAGAAGAAUAAUUAAGGUAGGAGGAGGAGAGAAAAUACGGAUGUGGUCGAUACAGGACAAAUAUGGGAUUGCCAAUUAGUCAAUAUAUAAUAAAUGAAGUAUUUCACUUAGAGGAUGCGAGCAUUUUGAUAAAGGAAUAUUUGUGCAAGAUUUUGGAGAGGAAUCAUUGUGAAAAGUUGAGAGACAUUGAUAUUGAAAUUGCGGGGGAAUAAUUGAUCAAUGAUUUUAGUGUUUGUUAGGAUUUCGAAUUUGGUGGAGACCAAGCAUUAAUAUUCAUUAAUAUGAUGUUUUUAGUUUACAUCAAUCAACAUGAGAAGUUUGGGAAGUUGGUGGAAGGGGGAUUGACAAGAGGGAAAUCAUUGUAGGGAGACAGAAAACUAUUUUAAUAAUUGCUAUCUCAACAUAGUACUGAUGGAUAAGGAUGUCAUAAAGUAUUUGUGGCUAGGUAAUUGCCACCAAUUAUCGAUUAUAUUGAGAAGGGUUAUCUGUCUCAUUGGUUGUUAUUACAUCAAGCACACUCUCAUAAUCAAAGACCAUUAGAAAUUUAGGUUGAUUUACAAAUUGAGUUGCCCUUGCCACAACCUUCUCUAGAAGAUCAUACAUAUUACAAGCCUAUUGUGGCCGAUGACACUUAAUCUUUUAAAAAGACUGAGAUGGAAGAGUAGGAAGUGGAAUACCAUGAACCUACAGAUGAGGAGUUACUGGAUUCUGUGAUUAUGAAUGCCAUUCAGGAUAAAUUGAGUUUGGCAUAAUAAGAACUGGAGACGAGGUUGAAGGAUAGACAAGUUGAGAUUGAGUCUAAACUCCAAGAAAUGGCAGCAGCAUUAACUAAGAAGAAAAAAUGA